CUUUAAUUAUUAUUUCAGACUAUAAUUCUUCUUGGUAUAGAAGUAUUUUACACAUUAUUUACUUCUACUUAUUUUUUAUAAUAUUGAGGGUUUUGAAGAGCUACUCAUCUAUUUCUUUUAUAUGUUUGAAAUGCAAGAGGAAAGUUUCUGGUUAUUUUCUUUAAAUAUUUUUUGAUAAAAUAUCUUUUAAUUAAUUUAUGAGCGAAUCGUAGUUAAGUUAUAUAUCUAGUUAAAUAAUUGGCUGGAUAUACUUUACAGCUUGGACCAUUUCUUUUUAUGGGUAGAUUUAUGAGAAUUAUAAGCUUAAAAGAGCUGAAGGAAUUAAAUUCGAUUAUGUAUAUCUCAACUUGACUGGCUAUGCAUUUUAUUCUAUAGCAUUAUCAGUUGGAUAUUUUGAUUUGAGCGAAGGAGCUAUCAAAGGAGUACAGAUUCAAGAUAUUUUAUUUGCUUAUCAUGGUGCAAUUAUGACUUUGGUUUAAUUGAUUUAAAUGUUCAUUUAUCCAACAGGCUCAAAUAAAUUAUCAAAGAUGAUCAAGUUUUCGAUUGCUUUUUAUUGGCUAUUUUUCAUUUUUUACUUUUAUUUGACUAAUAUAAGCAAUUCAAUCAAUCCGCCUACGUAUUUAAAUGUGUGGAAUAUGAUAGGAUAUAUAAAAGUGAUAAUAACAGUUAAAAAGUAUGUGAUUCAAUCAUACUACAACUACAAAAGGAAAUCAACUGAAGGUUGGAGUAUCUUCAAUGUCCUAUGUGACUUUACUGGAGGUGUACUCUCUUUCGUAUAAGUGUUAAUUGACCAUAUAUUUAGAGGCAUUUCAAUAGUAUUCCCAAAGAUAGCCCUUGGAUUAUUCACAAUAAUUUUUGAUUUAAUUUUUAUUUUACAACAUUAUGUAAUAUAUAAAGAUUCAUUACAAGAAGACACAAGAAAAUUAUAUUAAAUGCAAGAACUAGAAGACAAUAAAGUAAAUCAAAUACAAGAAGAUUAAUAAAUUAGCACAGAUUAUCAAGAAUUUAAUAUUAAAAAACUAUCUAAUACACAAAAUAUUUAAUGAAUUUUGAAAUUAUUUACUGUAAUCUAUAUUAUUCUUAUUCACUUCUUUAAAAAUUAAUCAAAAUUUUCAAAU